AUGUCGCAAAAUCAAUCAAUGGGAAACUCGAAAUCAGUGCCAUGCAUGGAUGUAACGUCACGUAUAUUAGACAAAUCCGACCAUUCAAUGGCAUCUUUUAAAAGUUGUGUCACCGACACUGAAAAAGAAAUCGAAAACAGCCGACCCUCCGUAAAGGCUUUGAUCGAAAAACAUAAGUCGUUCCAAGACCAAUUGAUGAACUCGAAAGUAACCAACUUUGACGUCAAAAAGAAAUCGUUCGCUAUUGCUUGCGAAAACUUGAAUACGUCGUACAACGAUUGUUGCAGGAACAUGGAAGGCGAUACGCAACGGGUCGAUAAAGUCGAAAACGUGGUAAUAUAUUAUAUUCUCAAUAUUACUAUUUGUUUCGGUAGGAUACACCAUAUAUUUUUCUUAUGUACAGAGUGAUUCACUAAGCGUGUUAACCCAAAUUUUUUGGUUAAAUUUUGCAUGUAUUCGAAUACUUAGAUUUUUCACAACAUUUAAGGAAUAUCCUCCAGUGGUAAUACCAACUUUGGUUUAUCAAAUAAGAGCCUAUAUUAAACAUUUCAUUAAUGGACGGCGUAUGACUUUAAAUAAAUUUUGAUGUCAUCAUUUUUGAUCUCCGUUAACCCGUUAACGAAAUAUUCCAUUUUUAAGUUUUGAUUUUAAAAAUUGUAACACCGACAUUUCUUUAAAGUAAUAGUCCGUAUAUUUAUGGAAUGUUUAAUAGAAUUAAAUGUAUGCUAAUAAUGGAUGACUUUUAAAAUAUAUUUUAAGUAGGUCAGUUUUUAGUUUGCUCAAGAUUUUUCCCAGCAAAUGUGAAAAACCGUAGGAAAAACGGGAAAAUCGGUACAUUGAAUAAAUAAUAUUCAAGAUAUUAUUUAAUGUCUAUUUAAUUAUUUUAUCAUAACAUACAUAUUGUUGACAAAGUAUCACUAUAGAUUUAACUUCGAUCAGAAUCGUUUUUCGUUAGCAAUGGUUUAUCGUUGUUUACAAGUAUACAUUAAAUUUCCUAUAUAAUAGUGCCUGUACUCGUCCCCCGUUUUCCAAGGACGACUUCUUUAAAUGCGUAAUUUGUGAUUAAUUUCUGAACGUUUAAUCAUCUAUGCUUGGUGAAUCAGAUAAUACUUUGGUUGUCACAGACAAGAAAACUACUGUUAUUAUUAAUUACACUAUUAUCUAGUCAUAACAAAGCAUUGCCGGUUUAGCUAAUAUAAAUAUACAAAAAAAAAUUUAGCUAUUAUAUUGUUUUCUAAAUUUAUUUUACUAACAAAAUAAAAUAUUUUAUUUAGGUCAAAAAUCACGUGUUCGGAGUAUUGAAUGUUAAAAUGUACGAAGGGAAUGAUACUGAAAAAUCCGCUCAAGUACCGGAUCACAAGUCGGUCUCGGAAAACUUUGAUUUUAAAACUGGCACGCUUGAAUUAGACGAAACGGUUAACGGUGAGGGUGAACAAAUGUGGCAAAAUAUUAGGUCCUUGGUUAAUAUCAACCACGAUUACUAUCGGUGUUUGACGGACAUUUUAGAUACGAAUAAGUUUAAUAAUCUCGAUAGUAUAAAAGAUCACGUUGGUUCGGUAUUGAAACAAGGAAAGAAGGCGGAAUCCAUCGGGCCCGAUUUAAUUGCCUAUUGCCAUACUAAUUUGGAAAAAAUUCAUCAGGUUACGGAUAGUCAACAUGAAUUAAACAUUGAUUCGAUAACGAAUGAUCCGUUCUUAAUCUAUCAUUCGAAAUUGAGUGUACUUCAAAAUGAAUUGACGGAAUCCAAGAAAAGUNUUCAGCAGGAUAUUAAUUUAGUCCAUGUUGAAUUAUUCGACUCCCACCUUAUUUCCCGUUCCUUAUCAUUGUGGUCAAUCCAUGUACCAUAG